CCUUCACACACCUUCACAGUCACACCACCAUGCUCAUGCACAGCUCUGUCCUCGUCCUUUUGAGCCACCUGACGGUGGCGCUGUGCUGUGAUUCGCUCACACAGUACAGUCACUACAGCAGCAUUUCGCUGAAAUUGGUGGACAACAUGGGUGGUCAGCUCAGUGGCCAGGAUCCUCCAGUUUACUUCCCGUACAGACUCUACAGACGCAUACGAUGCAGUAGGGAAGAACGUCAGCUGAGCUUUGUCAGAGAAAGUCUGGAGUUGAUCUUCGACCUUUAUCGCACUAACAACACAUAUCCUGCGACCUGGGAGAAAAACACGAUUCAGCACUUUCUCAUCAGCCUCGAGCGGCUGAUGGACACCCUUGACCAGUGUGUGAGUAACAAGUACCAGUGUGUAACUAACGAGUACAACUCCACUGUCUAGUAACAGUACUGCCACUAAUUACUAAUCAGCAUCAUUAAUAAUCAGUUCUUUUUCACUGGCGUUUUUCCUUUUCAGGUGUCAAAGAAGAAAGGCAGAAACAUCAAACUGAGAAAGUACUACAGGAAGCUGAUCAAAAGAACUGUGCACGCCACUGUGAGUAUCAGCACUGGUGUUAGCCCAAACUACCUUCUCACUAACUGUAGUACAGAUUGGAUCAACUUGCUGAAGCAGUGACUCCUGCUCUAACUGUAAUACCCAUUAUGUCCACAGCACGGCAGCAGUGAGUCGUGGAAGUUCGUCAUGAGCGAAACCAAAACUCACUUGGAACAGUUACAUCUGCUCGUCUCAUUCAUUCAGUUCAUAAAAGGGGCGCGAUGUUCACGACUGCACUAACUUUAACUGGAAUUAAUGAUGGACAGAUUUUAUUGUUAUUUAUUUUAUAUAUUUAAGACUGUUUUUUACCAAUUAUUUAUUGGAUAAUUUACUUAUUUAUUUGUAACUUUUGUGCCACGGAAAAUAAAAUAAUCUUGAGUGGGAGGAAGUCUACGUUUAUGGGAGACUGGGUGGCAGAAACAUGUGGUCUGAUGUAGAUCUAUUUGAUGGAAAUGGAAAAAUAAAUGAAGUGAACUCUUCAAACCAAAUACCUACUACUUGAAUUUAUUUUUAAAAAACAUUUAAAUUAGUGGUUAAUAAUAGAUUGGUUAAUAAUAACCACUUAGUUAUCAGUAUAAAUCUGUAAAAGUCUCUCCACAGCCUAACACUGUUCAGUUCUAUAAAAA